AUGGAAGUCUUUCUUGAGGUCUUUAUGGAUGAUCUCUAUAUGUUUGGUGAUUCUUUUGAUGAUUGUCUUGACCAUCUGGGUCGAGUGCUUAAACGCUGUGAGGGGACUAAUCUGGUGUUGAAUUGGGAAACUGUCACUUCAUGGGUGUCCGGAGUUUCUUGGGACAUAUUGGUUUCUAUAGGCGUUUCAUCAUCCAAAAUUGCUAAUCUAUUGUGUAAGCUUCUUAAAAAAGAGGCUAAGUUCGAGUUUGACGAGACGUGUCGUAAGGCAUUCGAUGAACUGAAGGAGCGUUUGACCACUGCUCCUAUUAUUGUUUCUCCUGAUUGUUCUCGAUCAUUCGAGUUAAUGUACGAUGUGAGCGAUUUUGCUAAUGGUGUUGUGCUUGGCCAGAGACUUAAUAAAAUCAUGCACCAUAUCUACUAUGCCAGCAAAAUAUUGAAUGUGGCUCAGAUGAAUUACACAGUGACUGAGUAA